CAUCCCCAGACAGAGCACACCAUGGGCGUCCAGGGAUUGACCAGCUUUAUGGAGAAGAAUGGAAACAUUUUAAAAGAUGUUCACCUCAGAAACAGCAAGCUGAUCAUAGAUGGUAGUAAUCUGUACAACUUGCUUUAUUUUAAACCACGUUUGGAUCAGAAUCAUGGAGGGGAUUAUGAUGCUUUUGAGGGUCAGGUCUGCAAGUUCUUUAAGGCUCUGAAAGACUGCGGCAUUGACCCUUAUGUCAUUUUAGAUGGGGGCUCUGACUACACCGACAAAAAGUUUGAAACUCUCAAAGAACGAGCUCAAUCAAGGAUCAACACAGCCAACAGCUUGUCCAUGGGGCAUCAGGUGAGUGGUGUACUACCAAUCCUCAUCAAACAUGUCUUCAAACAGGUCCUCUCCAGCCUGAAGGUGCCUUUCGCAGAGUGCAUUUGUGAGGCAGACCAAGAAAUAGCCUCCCUGGCUCAAAGGUGGAACUGUCCAGUGCUGUCCAAUGACAGUGACUUUUAUAUCUUUGACAUCCAGUCAGGAUGUCUGCCCAUCUCCCAUUUUCACUGGGAGAAAGUGUCUAUGUACCGUGGGAGCUCUAUAAAAUACAUUCCCUGCAAGCUCUACACCACAACAAGCUUCUGCAGACACUUCAACAUCAACAGACAGGUUCUCCCAGUCUUCGCCGCUGUGGCAGGAAAUGACUACAUCAACUUGCGUAACAUGGGCGUUUCCCUCAGGUGGGAAGAAUACUCGUCGAUGGAAGGAAGGUUUGCCCGCUUCGACGGCUUGCUGAAUUGGCUGGCCCGCUUCCAGGGGCAGAAGGAGGCCUUGGACUCUGUGCUCAGGCUUAUCUUUCAUGGUAACAACAGACAGAAAAUGGAUGCUGCCUGCCAGGGCCUCUCCCUGGGCAUAGAAGAGUACCAUCUUCCCCCUGGUUGCCUGGAGCGGUUCUUCAACGAUGGAGUGGGACCAGGCCUAGGCCGUCUCGCAGAGCCUCUGAGGGUCCUUCCAGACUGGACCCUGCUGCCGUUGAUGAAAGGUACUCUUCCCUCCACCAUGGUGGAUGUGCUGCUGCUGAGGAGGGUGAUGCACAGUGUUCAGGUGGAAGAUCCCCGCUUGCCUAGUGGGAACAACACCUCACGGCCCAUACGCCAGGUACUCUACGGGCUGCUGCUGGGUGGGAGGAGGACAGACCACAGCAGUCAGAGACCCCCAGUGGAUGACGUGGAGGAGUAUUACAGGGAAGGCAAUAACCUGACCAGCAGCAUGGUUGAAGCCAUCCUGCCCAGUACUGCAGAACAGCUGCAGCUAGACACUCUGGAUCAGGCUCCAAGGUCAGUGCAGCUUGAGGUGUUUUUGGAGACACUUGGUGUGUCCCAGUCCACUUUGAGCGGUGUCCCGCCUCAUUUGCGUCUUCCUGUGGCUGUCACCUGCUACUGGCUGAGGCACGCCCAUCCCCCAAUAGACCUGCCUCUCCUGCAGGCCCUGCUACUAGGAUUGGUGUACGGAGAGCUCUGCAGACAGAGGAGGAGCCAAAGAGGGUUUCUGGAGGGACCAGUGUUGGAGAGGCUGAGAGGGCUGAUUCAGAGAGGUGCAAGGAGCCUAGACCUGGGUGUGGCCCACGCCUACAGCCAAUGGCAGUGCUGCCUGAAAGAAAGCCUUUACCUGAACCAACUGCUGUGCCUCCCGCUAGCCGAGCCUCAGUGUGCCUGGCUGUACAAGGGCACUCUGGUGCACCAGCUUGUGACCAAACUGAGAGGGGGGUUGACCCCAGAUUCUCUCCUGAUGGGAGGCCCUUGCUCUGGGCAGCUGUAUAGGGCCAUGCUGGGAGCCAUACUCAACUCCCAUGAUGCUCAUGAGGCUGCUGUCAUCCCCUUGGUGUCUGGGCCACGGCGGGCCACACCUCCAUCCUUGUCACAGCCACUGGACGACCUGACAUUCCGUCUACACAUUCUGGCUCUGGAAGAAGAUGAUGAUGAUGGUGCUGCAGGAGGGAGGAAGGUCAUGCCAGAGGACGAUCUGGGUUGGACUUUGGUCACAGUGCAGACCCGCCACAAGAAAAAGGACAGAUUCAACCGAGCUCGGAAUCCAGAAUUCUCCCGGAAGCAGGGGCGGAUCGGCUGGGAGUAAGGAGGGGCCACAAUAUAACUGUUUAGUUAUAGAGACGUUCUGCUCAACUCUUUCAUAUUUUAAUUGUUCUUAUGUGUACCUUUUAUAACUUAAUUGACAUUGUUUUUAGCAUGAACUAUAAAAUAAGUGUAUAAAAGAUAGAUGUAGAUUUUAUAAAUGAUAGAAGACGGAAAAGUUUAUAAUAUAUAAACAUAAAAAAGUGAUGAUAAAUUUGACUUUGUUUAAUCGGUUUUUAUUUCUUUGCUCUCUACUGUAAAGCAUAUUUUGGUCAUUGAAAAUAGCUGUACAAAUCCCAUGUAUUGUUACAAUUACAUUAGGGCGGCAGGUAGCUUAGUGGUUAAGAGCGUUGUGCCAGUAACCGAAAGGUCGCUGGUUCUAAUCCCC